AUGAAACCUGCGCUGCUUCUCCAGCUUCUGCUGUUGACUCGCUUAGCACCUCAGCUGGUGUCUGGGAGUCCCAAGCAACAUUUUACGAGGUAUAUCCUGGAACCUCCACCCUGCAAAUCGGUUCCUGAAAACUGUACUCAUUUCUGCACACUGCAGGAAGAUUGCCAUCAAGGAUUUCAGUGCUGUUCUGCCUUCUGUGGCAUAAUCUCCUGUCCUCUGCAGAACGCUUCCCCUCAACUGACCAUUUCUGCUCUGGAGACCCUGGUGUUGGCUGGGAAGAUCGGGGGGGUAGGAGAGGACAGUGCCCAGAGGACCUGA